AUGGGCGAGUCCGAGUCCGGACUGGAAGAUUUUCUGGCGGACUCGGACUUGGACUCGACAACAACCCAAAUACUUGUCGAAGAUACAUCAGCAGCUCAACUUACUCCCAUUGCAUCACGCAAGACAGAUGGUAUAUUAAAACGUUUACAAACUAAUUUGACGUCAUCUGUUCGAUCCGGUAAACGCGUUAAAUUUAAUGAUAAUGUCAAAGUGUUGCUCUAUACAUUACCUUCACAAUUGGCUGCUGUUGAUGUUAUAGCCGACAUAUCGGUAGUACAUGAACAAAUUAAACCAAUUGAAAGGAAAAUUCCGGAUGAUUUAUCUGAAGUUUAUUUGAAUAAUUGUUUCGAUACAUUUAAUGAAAUUCACGUAUCUCAACGUGAUUCUAUUCAGCAUAUAUUUCCAUUAUUAAUUGAUUGUAAGAAACCAAUUGAUAGUGUUGUUUAUUCAAUAUCCAGGGGAUUAUGGUAAGAUUUGUUUGUGAAGCAGCAUCAUAGUUUUUCUAGUUGAAUAGUGGUCUCGUAAUUAAGCUAACAAUAAUGAGAAAUCACAAAUGAUUGUUUUGUAGAUAUGUUGUCAGAAGAAGUCUAUGUUCGUUUAGUGUAAAAAACUUUGACAGGGUAGCACCUGAAGGUGCUAAAGGUGGAACUCUCAAUACUGAGACGUCUAGUCACGUUAAAAGGUUGUGUCCUCCAGGGGGGGAGGGAGGUCAAAUUUAUCCUGAAAACCAGUGGUUUUGCGGUAUAAAACUGUUACUCCCUCUUCUUUGAAGAUAGUGAGGGAGUUCCGCAAAAGCAUCUUAACUUCGUCAGAAUAACUUUUCUCUUGUUGAAUAAAUUUCGUGAGGAUGACGAGAUUUGAGAGAAAAUUCUAAUAACCAUCGAUCAAUUGUCGAAACAAAACAAUUUAGAUUUGCUUCAGAUUUUAAGUAUAAGUAGGUCUAAUAUAGAUAAGACAAAUAUCUUCAUUUAUUCUAGUUUAAAAGUUCUCGAGUACUGUGAUGUCACACUGAUGAUUUUGAAUUUUCUAUUCACUUUUCAGUCUGUUUAAAAAUAAAAUAUCACUGUGAACAACCGUCUCUACCCACAAAACUAGAUUUUCGAUAGAAGUCGAAAAUAUGGACUAUGAAGCUGAUUUCUAUGGUUUGAAAAGAAUAUUCUAGCUGUUUCUUGAAAUAUCCAAACGAUCGUUGUACGAACUGGCUCUUUCUUUUCUUUUAUAUGAACAGUUGAGAAAAGUUAUUUUGUUUCCAUUCAUUCUGCAUAAUCUUCUUAUCACAUAAAUGCAUCCUAUCAAUCUGUCUUUUGUCCACAUCAGGCAUGGGCGAGUCCGGGAGGGACCGAGUCCGAGCCGAGUCCGAGUCCUCAAAAAUUUAUUCCGAGUCCGAGUCCAUUUCGAGUCCGGUAAUCUUUUAGAUUCUUUUUUGAUGAUUGUGGUUCAUUUCUUUUUUUUUCUGUGCCAUUUAAUAUAUCAAUCUUGUUGAAACAGAAAAAGUUACUAAAG